CGUUUGGAUCUCUUCACACAACUGCACGACUAGCAAGCUCUUAGAACGGACUAUGGAGCCCAGUUGAUCGCUGAGUCUGAACUAAACUGUAUCAUCCGAGACGAGAGUCUCGUAGCGAGCUCUCCGGGUUCAGUACUGGCCAUCAUGCCCACGUCUCCACCAUUGCCAGCGGCAAAUGCGGACCCGCCGGCGAUCCCAUCUCAGGACGUGGUGGAAUCACUGCCUGCUCCUAUUGUCCGACUCUUGCUCAUCUUUUCUGGGCCCAUCCGUGGAGCUAGAGUGUGUCUCGAAGUUGCAUGUUGGCGCAAAGGCCGUCGGAUGGAGAGUUGGAUGAUUGUCGGCGCCUGGUGGGGGCUCUGUCUAGGAGCGAAAUAUGCUUUUAGAUAUCUGGCUCCCGCUAUCCUUUUCCUUCCGCUACUGCCAAUGUCUAGGCUAUCGCUCAAGCGCAAGCCUACGCAGGGGACGACAACGAUUCACACUCAUCAAACGCUUCUUCUGACGAUCUCCGACCUCCACGCUAUCAACGCACUGUUGCCUCCCUCUCCCAUCCCGAAUGUUGCAGAUCUAUACGACCGAUUCAGACAGCUUGGUCCGCGAAGACUCAUACGCGGCUGCGUGGUCAUUUGGUUGGCGUGGAUCAUUCUGGGCCGAGUGAUAGGCUACCGAAGCCUUCUCGCUCUCCUCGGUUCCAUCAUAUUCUUAGCUCCCAGCCCACCUUUCGCUCAUCUCGUUCACCUCCUCUCUAGAUCCCUCAUGAUCCGUCGGCUGAUCGCUCUGCUCUUCCUCGUGGCAUUUGGUAGUCCUCCAGAUCAAUCCGUUUCGGUCAGAAUGUACUUUUCGCCCGUGUCUUGGGCUAAACAGAAAUGGGCUGUAUCCCGUCGAUCUUCCCUUGCAUUCUCGUUCCAGACGAAAAAGACCAACACCGCUACCAUUUCUGAUUUGGCGAUCAUGGACGAUGAUGAUGACGAAGAAACAGUGGAGCCUGUGUAUUUCCGUUUCGAGGUCCACGAAAAUCAGCGAUGGUGGAUGGGUCUCGAUUGGACUUCGGCAUUAUUACCUCAAGAGAGACCGAGCUGGUGUGAUUCGCAUCUACAACCUGUAUCUCCUCCCGCAUCAUUCUCCCUCCCACCUUCCUCCUCGGUCAUUCUCCCCAACGCCGGGAAAGAAGGGGGUCGAGUCAAACGUACAGCAAUCUGGAAAUGGUACGAUGACGACUGGUCCAUUGUCAGGGCUGGAGCCAAUGCGCAAGGAUCUCAGUCAACAGCCAAUCCAGUACCAUCACCUUCAAUCGACGAAGACGGCUCCCAUACCACAUCGCUGGAUUCCAAGCGACGUUCAUUCUCUGGUUUGGGGACGAGUCCGUCCAAUUCAAAUCUUGAUGAUUCGAUGGCGGGAAGGGCGCACAGCAUGGCCGAGCAAGCCUUCACAAAGGGCUUGGAGCGUUUAAAAGCUCGAACAACGAGUCCAGCUGGACCACCGAGCCCGAAAAACAGUAGUGGGGCGACACUGGCCGCUGGUAUGACUAGUCCAGGACGGACAAGCGGAGAGUUCCAGCGGGCGAGAAAAGGUAGUCAGGCGAGUGAAGAUGCCAAGGACAAUGACCCGACGCAAGGCGGUGCUUCUUCGAGUUCCGGGGCGGCACCUAUCGAGACGAUUGCAGAGAAAGACGAUGUGAGUGCUGCGGGUCGGUGAACGGACCUGCUGACUCUUCAUAGGCUACAGAUGCGGAUGGGUGGGUGUAUGGUGAUAACAAAUGGGAAAAUAUGGGACCCAAAGGUGGAUUGGGCCGGGUGAGUGGUUGCCGAGCCUCGAUAGGUCUCAGGCUCAUUGUACGUUUCAGUUCACACGUCGUCGACGGUGGCAACGCCGGGCAGUCUUGACAGAGACAGUGCAACACCUUGCCCCGGGCCCAACAGAUGAGCCGACACUGGCCAAUCUGAAAUCGGGACCUGCAGCGACCGUCAUCUCGGAGAAGCAGACCGUGGUAACAACAAAGAACAAUCAUCUGAGCGAGGUUCAAGACGCGCCCUCGCCCAUCCCUGAAGAGUUGGAAGAUGAAUCCGAUUCCAACGGCACACCCCGUGCAU